AUGGCCUUCGUGAAGGUGCUGAAGAACGCGGCGUACUUUAAGAGGUUUCAAGUUGCGAAGCGGCGCCGUCGAGAGGGCAAGACCGAUUACCAUGCAAGACGCAAGAUGGUAAGGCAGGACAAGAACAAGUUCAACAAUCGCAAGUAUCGUUUGGUUGUCCGCUUCACAAACAAGCGUUGCAUCUGCCAGUGUGCCUAUGCCACUCUCCGUGGCGAUGUUGUCGUUGCUGCUGCUUCAUCCAACGAGCUCGCGCACUUCGGAAUUGUAGCUGGGCACAAGAACUAUGCAGCAGCAUAUGCUACAGGACUGCUUCUGGCACGCCGUGUGCUCAAGAAGUUUGGCUUGGAUGAGAAGUUCAAGGGCAAGGAGGAGCUUGAUGGUGAAGACUACCACAUUGAGGAUGAAGACAACGAGCAGCGACCUUUCAAGUGCAUCCUGGAUGUUGGAAUUCGCCGCACCUGUGUCGGACACCGGAUGUGGGGAGCUCUAAAGGGUGCCGUGGAUGGCGGCUUGCACGUGCCGCACAGCACGAAGAACUUCCCCGGCUUCAAAGCAGCAGAUGAGAAGGGUGGGGAGUCCGAGUAUGACGCUGAAGCGCACAAAGAAAAGAUCUUUGGGAAUCAUGUCAAGGAGUACAUGGAGAUGCUGCAGGAAGAAGAUCCAACGAAGUACGAGGCGCACUUUGCCAAGUACAUCGAAGCAGGCAUCGAUGCUGAGAAGAUGGAGGACAUGUACACAGAGGCUCACGAAAAGAUCCGUGAGGAUCCAGACGGUGAGAAGGCGGAGAAGAAGGAUAUCACCUAUGACAAAGAUGGUGAUACCAUGAAGGCAUCAGAUGGCACGGAGCAUACCCGCUUCCACAAAAUCACAUUGGAUCAGCGACGUGCGAAGGUCGCUGCCAAGAUCGCAGCCGCGCAGGCGAAGAUGAUGGAAGAGUGA